AGUCGAUAAGCCUCGAGAUCUAGGGCAUCGUAUUCGGGAUCUAGUCAAUCAGGAAAGGGGCCCGAAAUACAUCUUGACGCAAUGGCCAUCUCCAUCGAUGACCCUCUCCACCCUGCGGGGCCUUCGAGCUCGAAGCACACCUUCAAGACGCUCGAGCGAGAACGCAUGAACCGACAUCCGAGCGAGACCGGCAUGGAUCACCCGGCACUGGAAGAGAUCGUCAAGCCACAUAUCGCCAGUUUCGAUGCGCUUACGGAUAUGAACGGGGACGGGACCGGGCUGUUGCAAUUGGGCGUGCAGAACAUCCUGCCAAAGACCGUCUUUGAUGGCAAGAAGCGUGAGGGUGCUGCACCCGGUUCAUCGGCUUCUUUCGGCAACAAGAUCACCUUCUCGAUCACCCACGUCACCCUAGGUAAACCCAUGGUUCCCGACAAGGACCGUCAGGCGACCGAACGACGAGUUUUUCCCUCGGAAGCCCGUGAACGGCUGACCUCUUACCGAGCCAAGUUGGCCGUCAGGAUCAAGUGGGUCGUUAGUGGAGACGACGGCGAGACGGCUACGUUUGAGGAGACCAAGGAUUGCGGGUUGUUGCCCAUCAUGAUCAAGUCAAAUCGAUGUAAUCUACGAGGGAUGAGCGCCGCACAGCUCGUAGGCAAGAACGAGGAAUCCAACUCGUGGGGAGGGUACUUUAUCGUCAACGGAAACGAAAAAUUGAUUCGGUACCUGAUUUUGCCGAGGCGUAACCACGCCGUCUCUCUCAUUCGACCCUCGUUCGAAAAGCGAGGACCUACCUAUUCGAAAUACGGUGUUCAGCUCCGAGCGGUCAGGAAGGACGAGACGGCUUGCACGAACACUUUGCAUUACUUGACUUCGGGUGGUGCUACUAUUCGUUUCGCAUGGAGGAAGAACGAAUACAUGAUUCCUCUCGUCCUCGUCCUCAAAGCAUUGACCGACGCCAGUGACCGUGAGAUCUUCCAAGACCUGAUCCAGGGCGAGAACGACAACACCUUCUUGACGGAUCGUGUCGAGCUCUUGCUCCGAUCCGCCAAGGUCUGGGGUCUACAUACGGGGAACGCCGCGUUGGAAUACUUAGGUGAAAAGUUUAGAGUCGUCAUGGGUUGUCCUGAAGACUGGUCCAACCUCGCCGUCGGAGGUUAUUUGAUGGAAAAAGUCGUCAUGGUGCACUUGGAGAGUCCGAGGGACAAGUACAGAAUGUUGAUCUUCAUGCUCCGAAAGCUCUACUCGCUGGUGUCGGGCGCCUGCUGCGCCGACAAUCCGGAUUCACCUCAACAUCAAGAGGUCCUCUUACCCGGUUUCUUGUACUCGAUGAUCAUCAAGGAGCGAUUCGACGAGGCUUUGAACGGGGUCAGGGCUUUCAUUGCGCAGGACGUUCGAAGGGGAAGGGCUGGGGAUUUCUUCGAUCCCAAAUACUUCAUGAACGCACUGGCAAAAUCAAAUUUUGACGUCGGUCAAAAGUUGGCCUACUUUUUGGCUACCGGAAACUUGGUCUCGCCCACCGGUCUCGACUUGCAACAGACUACGGGUUAUACGAUUGUCGCGGAAAAGCUGAACUACUACCGAUACCUGAGUCAUUUCCGAUGUAUCCAUCGAGGUGCCUUCUUUGCCGAGUUGAAGACGACGACGGUACGAAAGCUGUUGCCGGAGGCUUGGGGAUUCUUGUGUCCCGUGCAUACACCCGACGGUUCGCCUUGUGGUCUCUUGAACCACUUGUCGCAUUCCUGCAAGAUCAUCACCGAGACACUCAACGUCGACCAUCUGCCGGCUCUCUUAUCAGAUCUGGGUAUGACGCAGGUGUUUGCUUCAAAUAUUGACGGACGACGGAGCGUCUGCGUGCAACUGGACGGACGAGUCAUCGGAUGGGCCAGCCCGACCGAGGCCAAGCACCUUGCCAACGCUUUGCGAACCUGGAAGACGGAAGGCAACAUCAAGGUGCCUCUCGACCUCGAAGUCGGAUACGUACCCGUCAGCAAGGGUGGACAGUACCCUGGAUUGUACCUCUUCUCGAGUCGAUCGAGGAUGAUGCGACCGGUCAAGUACCUUGCCAAUGACAAGGAGGACCACCUGGGAACGUUCGAGCAGGUCUACAUGGAGGUCGCAUGUACGCCGGAAGAGAUCGAAAAGGGCACCUCGACGCACGUCGAGUUCUCCCCUACCAACGUCUUGUCAGUCAUCGCCAACUUGACGCCUUUCUCCGAUUUCAACCAGUCCCCCCGUAACAUGUACCAGUGUCAGAUGGGUAAGCAAUCGAUGGGAACGCCAUCUACUGCUCUCAGCCGACGAACGGACAAUAAGAUGUACCGAUUACAAUCUGGUCAAACGCCUAUCGUCCGACCCGGUCUGCACAACACUUAUGGAUUCGACAACUUCCCCAACGGUACCAACGCCGUCGUAGCGGUCAUUUCCUAUACGGGUUACGAUAUGGAAGAUGCCAUGAUCUUGAACAAGUCGGCACACGAGCGAGGCUUUGGAUACGGAACUGUAUACAAGGCGGACAUUUUCGAUCUUCAGGGCGAACGAGGAGCCGUCAAGUCGCUCACCAACCCGAGCUUGCACUUUGGUAUGGGACGGGAUGUCAAGGAGGACUCGCCGUGGAGGAACUCGGUUGAUGACGAUGGUCUACCGCGUGUCGGUGCUCGAGUGGUGCCAGGCGACGCAUUGGCUGCCUAUCGGGAUGACCUAACGGGGAAGACCAAGGUGCACAAGUACAAGGGAGACGAAGUGGCAUACAUCGACGAAGUGCGAGUGCUAGGUGGAGACGCUGGUGAUACCGAAGCCCAGAAGAUUCACAUCAAGCUGAGGAUUCCUCGAUCACCUGUCAUCGGAGACAAGUUCUCUUCUCGACACGGACAAAAGGGAGUGUGCUCGCAGAAGUUCCCCAUGAUCGACAUGCCCUUCAGCGAGAGCGGAAUGCAGCCUGACGUCAUCAUCAACCCUCACGCUUUCCCCUCGCGAAUGACUAUCGGAAUGUUUGUCGAGAGUAUCGCCGGAAAGGCCGGAGCGAUGCACGGUAUCGCACAGGACGCAACGCCAUGGCAGUUCUCUGAUUCGGACACCCCUGUUGACUACUUUGGUGAACAGUUGCGAGCCGCUGGAUACAACUUCUACGGGAACGAACCCAUGUACUCGGGUAUCACUGGAGAAGAGUUCCAGGCCGACAUCUAUUUGGGUUGUGUCUACUACCAGCGUCUGCGACACAUGGUCAACGACAAGUUCCAGGUCCGAACGACUGGUCCCGUCGAUCCGCUUACCAGGCAGCCUAUCAAGGGACGAAAACGAGCCGGAGGUAUCCGAUUUGGAGAGAUGGAGCGAGACGCUCUGAUAGCGCACGGAACGUCUUUCCUGCUUCAAGACCGUCUGAUGAACUGUUCCGACUAUUCGACAGCGUGGGUCUGUCGAAAAUGCGGUUCGCUCAUCUCGCUCGGGUACGAAGAGACGGUUGGGGACGUCAGCGGGGACUCGUCUGGUGGAGAAUACUGCCGAAUCUGUCGCAACGAGGACGAACACCACAAGGGCGAUGGUGUCACUGUCAAUGUGCCUGGGAGUGUCCGGGUCAGCCCUCAUAACGCCAAGGGCAAGAACAUGGACGUCAUCGCUGUGCCCUACGUCUUUAGGUAUCUGUGCGCCGAGAUGGCCGCGAUGGGGAUCAAGAUCUCGGUCUCGGUGCAGUGAGGAGGGAUUGCUAGAAGAUAAGAGCCCGUCUUGUGUAUAUGUACCAUUGUUUGUAUUCCGGAUUGCACACCAUCUUGCAUAUGAUUGCGGGCA